AGAUCGGGGAGGGUUUGCGCCUCGCCGGUACAUGUAGAUCUUCACAGGACGACCGCAGUUGAGCGAACAAAGACCGAGAGCCAGACAUUAUCCUCCCUUGGAUAUAGCGCUUGGAGCUGUGAAAAGCCGAUAGAUGCUAUAUGCGAUCCAAGAGCAGAGGCUAUAAGUGACCGCCAAAAUGAACCAGCAACUACAUCUGAACACAUCCAAUCUGGGGGAGAAUCCAAGAUACUCAUACCUUGAAACCCCGUUGGAGAUGCAUGCUCCCAGUUCCCGACUCAGGAAUGAGGGCCCAACCCCAACAACGAUUUCAAACGCCCAGCCAGCAGAGAUACAGCCUGUCAUGGAGCAUUUCCAACCGCCUCUGAACGAGAAAUCGCAACAGUACCAGCAAGAUAUGGCUGUGUCUGGCUACCCUUGCGGACCCAAUCUUGCCCAGCAUCCAGCCAACUAUGCUCCGUACGCGGAUGAGGUUCAACAAGUCCAGCAUAACCCCAAAGUGGCCGAAUACUCAUAUGGAGAGCCUCCGCGAUCUCCGGGGCCUCUUCCGGUCAAAGUCAAUCCCGAGAUGUCCCAACCGUUAGCAAACCCACAACCCAUGGCUGUUGUGCCCGACACCAACCCUUUGCAAUCGCCCAAUCUACCACAGUUUCCCCCUCCAGUCGCCUCGGGGGCACCUGCGACGCCUGCGGGAGUUGACCUCAUGGCAUAUCAUCAGCCGGGUCAAAUCACUCAUCCUGAUCUGGAAAUUAGAGGAGGAUCGUGGCGCACGCACAUGUGCGGUUGCUCGGAUGUUGGGGUAUGCUGUCUUGGGCUGACAUGCCCGUGCAUUCUGUACGGGAGGACUCAAUAUCGUCUUUCAAGGAAAAUCAGAAGUGAGGAUCCGACGAAUAUGCUCGGGUACGAUGUGUGCAAUCAUUCCUGCACUGCCAUGGCGCUGUGUUGUGGCUGUCACUGGAUAUUUGCAACUCUCCAGCACCGUCGGACACGCAAGGUCUAUGGGAUCGAAGGGGAUAUUCUCACUGACUGCGUUCGAGCGACGUGCUGUACAUGCUGUACGCUUAUCCAAGAUGAAGCCGAGAUCAAGAAGCGAGAGGAGGAACGCGGGAUGUUCGCCAGAGCCACGGGGGCAGCUUUGGUAUCACCAUACAUGCCUCCUGUGCAGAUGUCGUAUGGUGCACCCCCGCGGUGACUGGACUAGCAUGGGCUUUUUGAGAUGAGCAUAGGUUGCGGAGUGCGGAUCUGUUGGAAUGAAGGUAAUGCCUGUACGACUGAUGUGGUUUCUAACCACUAUUAUCGACUUUGUUCUUCUGUCAACCUGUACUACCAUUCCUGCUUUACUGGGAGGCUGAUAUUUGUCCCAGAGCACCUUCUAGUA